AUGGCACCCGCAGAACACAGUAAAACUGUAGACUUUGGGAUGAAGUUAGCAUCGCUGAUGUCGGCUCCUCGCAUCAGUGAUGUGCCUACGCUGGAUAAACUCACCGAUCUCGAGCUUAAUCACUUAAUCGUUGAAGAAGAAGAACCAGCCGAUGCUGAGCAGCCUCUCAGCUAUAUGUUAUCACGGAUUUUUAGGACAUUCACCCUUGAAGUCCCAGACGUCACAGAGCUCCAGGUUCCAUUACAUAAAAUUCGUUAUCAUGGAACUGGGCCCUUCCAAAGUGCACACCGUGAAUCUGGCAUUGAUCAACUACCCGAUCUUGAAGAGGAUGGAGACGGAGAAGAGAAUAGCGGGGGAAACUUGGAGUUUGGGAGUGGGGAGAGCCCAUUAACUCAACACCCUCCGGGGGUCAGCACUACUGGCAAUGACAGCCCCAAACCACACACAUUGGAAGAUAUCUUCUCGGCAUUCUUUAACAUCACAUGUGCUGCUGUUGCCCAGAAGAAGCGAACAGAAGUUAUGGAGGCAAACAGCGGAGCAGUCGUUCGCACUUGGAGUGCACGCAACUCUGUGCGCCCUGUGAAGGAUCAAGAAGUCAUGCGGAAGCCUGACCUUGCGUUGUUGGACGACGUGGAGGCUCGCUGGGAUACCAUUAAAGCAGUUUGUGAGUUGACGUCGCAAGUUUACACACCCACAGGCACAAUUGGAAAGACGAUCGACAACAAGGCUUACCUUCUACUGAGACGCCAACCUUGGAGGCAUUUUGUCUUACUUUGCUCCCUUACCAAUGGAUAUCGCGAACUGCGAGUCCACAUGUACGACCAUGCAGGUGGUGUCAUGACGCCUCCUAUCCAUAUCGACAAUGCUCCAAAUCAUUACCUGCAAAUCUUAUCCAGCGUCGUCUUCGGUAGUCUUGAGUGUAUUGGGUAUGAUCCUUCCAUCAGUAUAUUUACGAAGACGCUUCGCCCCGCUCAACUCGAAGAUCCAACUUCUCGCCCUUCUACGAACAGACCACCCGCACAAGGUCCCCAGGCAGGAAGUCUGAUCGCAGGCACUGCAACACCCGAGUCUGCCUUGGGGACAGACUCAAACACGGAGAUGUCGGAUGAGGAAAGCCUCCCCAUAGACCCCCCUCAGUUAGAAAUACCCCAAGAUCCCCUUCAUGCCACUUUUUCAACCCCGAUCGGCAGGAUCAUAGUCAAUGACCAUGCAUAUGAUAUUCUCGAACUCAUAUUCUCGAGUCAGGGGCUCGUUGGGCGCGGUACCGUGUGCUAUUUAGCCAGGAGGAAUGGUAAAGAAUACAUCAUCAAGGAUCAUUGGGUCCUUGGGGGUAAAGAUGUUGCGUUGAACGAGGUUAAAAUGCUGGGGGAGAUGCGAGGGGUCCGUGGCGUGCCAGAACUGGUCGAGUAUUGGCUUGUCGAGAUCGCGCCCAAUGAGGUUGACGAAAUGAUGAACUAUCGAUACAAGGUUUUUGGAAGUAUCAGAGGCACCUCUCGUACGCAUGUUCGUUUGGUUUUGAAACCUCACGCACGACCUUUGCAUGCAUUCCGGACAAGAGUAGAGCUGGUGAGCGCUCUUCGGGACAUCGUCAAAAUUCAACAGACAGCGGUCGAGGAACGUGGAAUUCUUCACCGUGAUUGUAGUGUCAAUAAUGCUAUGAUCGAGGAUGAUGGCAAUGGUACCAACGGACUCCUGAUUGAUUGGGAAUUCGCGGUGCAUAUCCAUGCUGGCCAAAAAUACGUUAUCGGUGGGAUGGGCACAUUGCCUUUCAUGUCACGUUCACUUCUGUGGCAGCUUUCAGAGGCUGUUGGCGACCCUGCAACAUCUGCUCGCAGCUGGAAGGUGAAGGUUGCCAUGUCUUCCCUUACAAAACCGCCCCCCCUCAUCCUACAUCACUACCAUGACGAUUUGGAGUCGCUUUUUUACGUCUUGGUGUGCAUCUGCAUUGAAUUCAGGGGUCCUCUUGGAGUUAGAUGUGAUCUCUCAGCUGAUAGGAGUCAAGAAUGGCUACCGCAUCUAUGGUCCGCCAGCACGUUACAAGUUGGCGGCGAUGUGAAGACUUCGUUUUUUUUUCACCCAAAUGCGCACAAACUGCAGAAACAAUUCCACCCCUACUUCAAGACACUACUCCCACUCGCAACGGAAUGGUACCACCUGAUCAGGAACAAAGGACAGUCAAAUGCAGUAACUUUCCAGGAGGUCCUCAAUCUGUUGGAUACACAUCUUGCCAAGCUUCCGAAGGAUGAGCCUUCCCCCGAGCUUCUGUUCGCAAGGAAGGUUAUUGCAGCGCUGCCGAAAAAGAGACAGGCCAGUGACUUUGAGGAGGGUGAUCGGGUUGAUCAUCAUCUCGACCAACCAUCCCAACCAUCAAUUACUGAACGUCCUAACCAGAUUCCUGGUCGGAUGGGCUGGACAAUGGAAGUUAUGCCCCAGUCCAAACAUAACAGAACUACAUAA